GUCAAAAAUUUUCAUUUUUAAAAUUAUUUUUAAAGAACAAACAACUAAUUUUCUCAUUUACUAUAAUUUUAAUAUAUUUUUUACAAUGGACACAACAGCACAAAUACUUUUAACUAAACUCAUAGAUUGCCGCAAAACCAUCUACAAUGGCUACACAAGUACCACCUCAAGUGGUAUUCCAUGGCUAAAUAAUUUCUGUGCUGAACUUGAAAAAUUUGCCAACAUUUUACACAAAUUUCUUAUAUUUGAAUGUUGUAAGAAAGACGAAGCUAUUGAAACUAUAUUCUUAUGUUUAACACAAAUAACCACAUGCAUAAGACAUUUGGAAAGGACUAUUAAAUCCGAAGAAUCUGGUGGAUGUGCGAUCUCCGCUUCACGUCAACAUUUUCUCGAUCGUAUUCUUUGGUGCUUGGAUCGAAUUAAAACUACAAUUAAUGCUGUAGCCAAUAUGUCGAAUAUAAUUGAGGAGUCAAAUUUUGUCACUCUAAUGGACAAAGUCCUCGAAGACAUAGCUCCUUUUAGUUCAUUCCAUGAAGGUUCCAUUUCUUCAAACAUUGCCGAAGAAAGUGCUGAAGCUAUGUUUGCUAGCAAAGAGAUUCGAUCUGCUGUUGAUCAGAUCUUAAGUCACACUUUAGCCUUUGCUAAUGUAACACUGAAAAAUGACAAAAAGAUUGUCAGUAUUCUUUGUCAAAAGACCAUUCGUGAUUGCAUGGCUUUUCAAGAAGAGUGUUCCCUUUCCGAGGGAAAAACAAAGAUCAAUGAAAGCGAUCGCAAGCUCAAGGCAAUGUCCUUGGAGAAUUCACUCUAUCAGUUGGAAGACUUCAUCAACGAAAGUCUCCUCCGAUUAGUUUUCACAACGUUUUUGGAUUACUCAAAGUUUUCAAUUCAAAAACUACGUGAAUCCAUCCAGACGAAUGUCAAUGAUUCUAUUCUCGACGAAGUAAUUGCAGACUUUGAUGUUAACAUUGACCGAACUACUCAAAUUGGAGUCUUUGCAAUUGCCUUUGCUCCAAAUGUUAAGAUCAAAACAGCUGUGCGAAGCUGUUUGGCUUCGCUAGAAUCUCUGGAUUCUUGUAUAAUUCCAGCGCUCCAAUCGAAUUUGGACAUUUAUUCGGAAAUUCUCGAACAACAUUUCAAUGAAGAGAUUGAGAAGUUCAAAUCUGCGAUUCAGGAGAUUAUUGAUAGUAACGCAUUUUGUUCAUCUUAUCUGGAAAUGCUAUCUGAAGUUAUCACGGCCAAUGAAAAGGAGUUAAACAAAGAACAGCUUUUAGACAUACUGGAAAUGGGCUUCAUUCUCAAGGAACAUCUUCAUUUGAAUAAUGCUUAUUUGGAAUUUCACAGGGACGCAGAUAAACGAACUAAAUACGACAAGUUCAUUUUGAUGUUGAAAGAAUGUCAAGCAAUUUUAGCUUGUGUUAAUCAAGUUGAACCUGAAAGAGUCAUCAAACGUUUUAAGAUUCUUCGUUCUGUUUUGUCCAAGUUGAGGGAUUGUCUUACUGAUUCGAAAAAGACAUCGAAGAAAGUCCCAGUAUCGGAUGUCUUCAUUACAUCGGAUGAGAUGUGUGAGUCUGAAAAACUACUUGAAUCAGUUGGUAUUGCACCGUCAAGUAGUGGUAUUUUAUACCGAAAUGAUGUUAGUUUUCAGCAAAGUGCUUCUUUGAAGCCAAAUUGCUCUCGAUUGAAUAUGCCCACACUGGAAAGUGGAAUAGAUAAGCUUUCUAAAGUAAAUGCUCCCAGGAGUAUUCGCCGGAAGGAUAGUUUAAGAACAACAAUGUUUAAGAAACAAAAAAGUAACGAAUCAGAAAACUUGUACAAAUUGUAUAGAGAACAGUCGCAUGCUCGUCAAAUACAAGAAAUUCUUCAUCAAGUCAACGAUAUAUCAGGUAAAACAUCGAAGAAAUAGAUUUGUAUUUUGUAUACUUUUCAUAUAAUAAACUAAAUAUUGUAUAAUCUAAACAAAAAAAAGAUAAAAUAAAUUUAUAUUAAAAAAUUCGUUUAUAAGUAGAUUUAUAUUACAAUUUAAUUAUAAUAAUUCUUCUAUGUUAUUAAUAAGUUUUAAUAUUUUAAACCUUCGAUAUAUGUGAAAAUAUUUUUGAUAAAUAUA